AUGGCGGUCGCUUAUUCAACCAAACUAGCCUCGGGAAAAACAGCUGGUGACUUCGACGGCGUGGGUCAGCUGGUCCUCGAGGUGGUGUCCAGGGAAAUGGUGGCAUGUGCUCUCGUUGUGCUUCAUGACGGUGCCAGUGCCAUAGACCCCUUGCCCACGUCUCUCCUCGCCCACGAACAAGGCCUGUCGUUGGUGGACUUGGAGAUGGUUAAUACCCAAACGGCGAUUGGUAUUAAGGCAAAGGUGCAGCCGUCAGACUCCCUAAUGUGCAAGGGCGUGCUGAUCCUGACGAAGGAGGAGGCGCUGAGAAACAUUUUGGACUCGAGUGUGACGUGGUGGGCAGGUGACACUCGGACCUUCAUUGCGCUUCUUCCCGAGGACGGAGGGGGCUCGGCAGACGCCAAGGAGUUUGUACUGAAGCCUUCCUUGAGGUUCAGUACCCAUGUAGUUCUGGCGGCAAGAGGACAGGUGCAAGACAGGUGGAUUCUCUACAGCACCAGACUCUUCACAGGUGACUCCAGACACUCCUUUGAGAGAGUGGACAGCUGGAGUCCGAACAGGAGCUUCAGGGAAGGGAAGCCGCUUUUCCCAGCAGAAAAACUGAUGAACUUGCAAGGCUUCAAUUUCACCGUGGCCGCCAUUCCGUACUCUCCUUUCGUCAUCGAUAAAGGCCUCUCGCUCCCUGGGCCUGGAAGGUACCGAGGCUUCGAAAUCACUCUCCUGGACGAGCUGGCGACGGCCAUUAAUUUCACGUACCACUACGUGCGCCCGGAAGACGGUCAGUGGGGACGCCUCACUUCCAGCGGCAACUGGACGGGCAUGAUAGGCAUGUAA